AUGGCUGCACCUUCCUCAGUUUCUUCUCCGACCUUCUCCCUCGCCGGCCGAGUCGCGAUAGUCACCGGUUCAUCUCGCGGAAUCGGCCGAGCCGUUGCAAUACACCUCGCCGAGCUCGGCGCGAAGAUAGUCGUCAACUACACCACCAGAUCCGCUGAGGCAGAUCAGGUCGCCGCGGAAAUCAACUCAUCCGCCGGUGCUGGUGAUGGUCCGGAACCAAUAGCCGUCGUGUUACGCGCCGAUAUCUCGGAUCCGAGCCAGGUUGAGUCUCUCUUCGACGCGGCGGAGAAAGCCUUCAAAUCGCCGGUUCACAUCCUGGUUAACUCGGCCGGGAUCCUCGAUCCCAACUAUCCUACCAUCGCCAACACUCCCGUUGAGGACUUCGAUCGAAUCUUCAGAGUGAACACAAGAGGAUCGUUCUUGUGCUGUAAAGAAGCUGCAAAGAGGCUAAAACGCGGAGGCGGUGGUCGUAUCAUACUGAUAACGUCGUCGUUAACGGAGGCGCUAAUCCCGGGACAAGGAGCUUACACGGCAUCGAAAUCAGCUGUUGAAACAAUGGCCAAGAUUCUCGCCAAGGAACUCAAAGGUUCAGGAAUCACCGCGAACUGUGUCUCUCCGGGCCCUGUCGCGACUGAGAUGUUCUUCGACGGGAAGAGCGAGGAGACGGUGAGGUACAUCAUCGAAAACAGCCCUUUUGGUAGGCUUGGUGAGACUAAAGACAUUGCUAAUGUUGUUGGGUUCUUAGCUAGUGAUGCUGGUGAGUGGAUCAAUGGCCAAGUCAUUGUUGCUAAUGGUGCCUUCCUCAGAUGA